UCAUGGCGGUCGCUUGGGGGCGCUGUCUGGGCGUCUGUGUGGAGACACAGCUGACGCCACAGAGUUGCAGUGUCACAGGAACCUGACGUGGGUCUGAGGGCCACUCGACUCCGGAUUUAGGAGAGACUCCUGUCAAUUGUCCAGACACCUACCGGGCGAGAGACGUCUUUACUGGUUGUGGAUUUGACUUUUUUGACUGAUUUAAAGCAAAAUGAAAUCAACAGUUUCUAAGUGAACGACUUUAUUUUCUCAAAUGUUUCUCUAGAAAGUUGCAUAAGAGCUUGAGGCUGGUCGGAGGCUCAGAUAAUUGGAGAUUUUUACAAUGUUUUAUGGAGUAAUGUUCGAGGUUCACACUCGAAAUAUCUUCAGAAAAUGAUUUUGCUUUGAAUUCUCGAGUUAUUUUUUUCUGUACUUAAAAAAACUAACUCAUUUAGGCUUAGAUGGUUGUGCUUGAGUGCAAAAUGUUUGUCCUCUCUAUUUGGUCUUCCAGUUUCCCAAAUUUAAUAUGCCUUGACUUUCAUACAAAUCCCUGUAACAGCCUCCCAAAGUUGUGUUUGGGGUGUAUGUAGCGUUAUUAACGCCCAAUACUGCGGUCAUAACUGUGACGUCACGUUUUAACUCAUGAACUGGACUGCGACAAGGAGAAACAAAAUCUAGUUAAAACUAUUUUAGAACUCAAAUUGCUACUUAAAGAUUUGUGUUUUGGGACAGCAAAAAUAUAUGAAUUCACCAUCGAGUUUUGAGAUGAAAUAGUAACUUGACGCAUAACAGAUGACGCCGUUUACAAACUGAAUUGACGCGCGUGACUUUUUCUUUCAAACGCCACGCCGUGAACGCGCUUCAGGCUGAAUGAAAGAAUCCUGGGUUAACAAAGAUGGCGUCCCACUAACGGCUUGCUUCAGCCGAUUCCUCCUCUUCUGUGCGGGUAUGCGCCGGCGCCCCUGUGUCAGUGGAGUUAGCCCUGGGGUCCGCGUGAGCCCCACUUUAGUUAGUCUCUAUAAAACCUCCACGUCCACGCUGGAUCAUCUCGGAUAACUGCGCGGGCACGCGUCGGCCACAGGGGAGAGUAGACGAUCGCCGAACUGUGGAUCACAGCUCAUGGACCAAACAACAGGUCAGACCGGAACUCUUCUCUCAUCAUGACGUUGCUGAGGCGAUCGAGACUGCCAGGUCCAACAUGAGCAGCGCCUGGAUCAGAGGUAUUGCUGGACGGAUCAAUGCCAAGCGAACCGUCGCUCUCCGUUUGUCCCCGCCCGCACGCCGUACUUUCACAUGACUUCCCCUCCGUGUGACCCACAUUCCUCCGGAGGAUCAACUCCGCCGACCCUUCCCUUGAUGGAUCUGGACUCUGCUGUGUCCAGCUCCUGACAUCUGCUGCUGUGUCCGGACUUGGACCGGAACCCCCGCCGUGAUGCGGACUCUCUGAAAGUUGCUUUUCUUUUUUACCAGAACUGAUGAACUGUUCUGGACUCGGUGAUGGCUGAGAUGGCACCACCCGAAUCCAGAUGGUGUAGCUACUUCCUGGUCUAUGAUGGAUCCCUGGUUCAGGGCGAGGGGGACCGCACCAGAGAAGGGAUCUGCUACUUCUACCCCGAACAGACGCCCCUGGACAGCCAGGAGCUGCUGUGCGGUCAGCUGGCCGGCGUCUGCCGCUGCGUUUCGGAGCUCUCCUCCUCUCCCGUCCGCGUCCUCAGACUACGGCGCAAUAAGUUUGCCAUUCGCAUGAAGGACGACUUCAUCUGGGCCCUGGGCUGCUCCGUGGAUGUCCCCACUGUCAGCGUCUGCCAACUCCUCGACCAGCUGAUCGACCUCUUCUGCUUCUAUAACGGACCUGUUCGACAGAGCUACCAGCUCCACAGCAGGGAGUCUCUGGCGGCUCGGUGGGCUCAGUACCUCUCGUAUCUGCUGCCGGGUUCGUCGGAGCUACAUCAAAUCUUCAGCUGCCUCAAGACCAUCGACUACUCAAACGUGGACCCACUGCUGCUGCUCAAAGCUGCGCUCAUUCUGCAGGCGUGCCAGCGCUGCCCUCUGGUGUUGGCGGGGUGUGUCCUCUUCAGGGGGAGGGUGGUGAGCACGCAGAUGACUCCGGAGCUCACCAUGAAAGUGAUGGUUCACGAGAGUGAGACGCACGACCAGGCUGCAACGAUAGGAGAUGGUGGAACAUCCAGCUGUUUCGGCGAUGCUGUCAGCUCCACUCCUGUGUUCCUCACCACCCAGGAGCUCCACUACCUGCACUCUGCUCCGGUGGACAGCAAAGACAGCAGGUCUUUUCCCACUCCGCACAAAUACACGCCGCUCAAGAAGACUCGACUCUCCCGGACCUUAUCUGACGUGGCCUCCACCGACUCGGAGCCGUCGGAGCUGGGUGGCUCCCAGUCUCCACAGAGCCGGUCGAGUCCUUACUUAUCAGUGUUCAGCCCCGGAGCUCCCCAGAGCAGGGAGGAGGUCACACCCCCGCCACAGACCCUGCCGUCCCCUGCCUCCACUGGCAAAACCUCCCGUCAAGCGGACGAGUCUCUGUACUUCAGUGUUCAGGGUGUGGAAGAACCAGACGCUUCCACUCCCCAAGUAGGAACCUCCGCUAAACACGAAGAGACUCACGGUUACACAGACCCACCGGACGUGAGAGCGCCACCCUCUGACCUCCAGACCGACCAGGCCACCCUGGUCCCCAUGACGCUCUACCUUCACCGGGUGCGGGGCCUGGUCCUGGCUCUGCUGGUCGAGCCUCACUUUUUGAGUGACAGCGCCUCCAUGGAGGAAGUGUACCACAGCUGCCUGGCCUCGCUGAAUGGACUGGAGGCCCAUCUGAGGAGCAUCUCUCCAGGGGCCCUGGCCGCCGCGGCAGCACCCUACGUCUUCGCCCAUUACGACUGCGUUCAGAGCACCCUGGCCACCAACAUGUCUGGUCGACCAGGGGGAGCCCCGGAACGCCCCUUUGUCAGGGCCACGUCGCUGCUCCACUCUCAUUUCUGCAACUCUGAAACUCUGCAGGAGGCUAUUAUCAGGAGCGCCGGGGCUGCCGUGUACGGCACCCGCAGCGUGGCCCACGAGACCUUCUUCCUCCAGCAGGGGGCAGCAGUGAGGAACUCUGGCAUCCCGAACCACCAGGACAGCGCCUUCUCGCUUCCCAGCAAGGCUCGGCACCGGCUGCUGAAGCACGGCGUCAGCCUGCUGUGACCUCGGCGCCCUCACGCUCCUUCACACCUGUGCGGCUGUGUGGCCCCGUACUUUAAACUCUGUCCUGUGAGCGAGCCAUGGACGCAGCAGCAGCUUGUGUUUUCUUAUUAUUCUUAAUAUUUAUGUUGAUCUUAAGUUAUAGUGGACUAAAGAGACACCCUGGUGAAUCCCUUUAUAAAGGUGACGUUACUCUUCAGUUCCGCUCUUACGUCCUGAAGAAGGAAAACUCCAUCCAUCCUCAUCCGCUUAUCCAGCUUCAGAAGGUCACAUCCACCAGCUCCAACUGGAGGAUCCUGAGACGCUCCCGGGCCAUUGAGGAGGUGUCAUCCCUCCACCUGGUCCUGGGUCGACCCCUCGGUCUCCUCCCAGCUCCACCUCCAAAGGGGGGCCUCCAGGGGGCGUCCUCACGAGAUGCCACCUCAAAUGACUCCUCUCAACACGGAGAAGGAGUGGCUCUACUCCGAGUCUCUUCCGAGUGACACGCUCUUUCUAAGGCAGACACCCGCCACCCGUCUGAGAAAACUCAUCUCAGCCGCUUGGAUCUGGAGGGAAAACUGAGUUUUAAAUCACUUUGCUGAGACCAAGUAUCUUUUUGUCCAUGCAGAUUUUGGAUGCUCAUAUUUCACAGCGGUUACAGCGGUUUGUUAAAGUCCCUUUUGUUUUUAUUAUUAUUACCAGUGAUGGCUUGUGCAAAAACUUCCACUAGUGGAUGAAGCAAGUAUCCCAGACCCACUUCUGCUUCUGAGGUCUGACCAUAUUUACACUUGAAACAGUUUGAGGUUCUCGCCCCUGCAGAUGAAGCUAAGAGCCACCUGACACACCAAGUUGCUCGGCGUGAAUGUGUCUGAUGUGAUCAGGUGGUCGUGUCAGGCAGCGUGUGUAAGUCUGUGUUUUAAUAUUUAUUAUGACAGGAGCUGUUUUUCACUGUGAAAACUCCAGAACUACUGACUUCUCUUCCUCCUCUCUCGCGUCACAUCAGUCCUGCUCCAGCUUCUGUUUGGAGCCGCAGGGGUGGCCAGCUUCAGGAGCGGCCCCCGAGUGACCCCGCCGUGCUCUCCUGCUCAGAUUCAGCUCUUGUUGUGAGAAGGUGAAGUGGUGUGUGUGGAAGGACGUGCUCUUCAGGGGAGGAGAGUCAAACAGUCUUCAGACUGAGCCUGUUUUUGUCCAAAUGUUGUCGAGAUAAGUGGUUUAUUUAACAUAUCCAAAUCACCUUUAACCCCUUAUUUACCGGUUGAUGUUGACUCUGGAUCCUGUUUGGCAAGUCACUCCUUCUCUUCCUGAACAUUUAAGACAAAAGAAAGAUGCGUUUACACGGUUAACUGUCCUGUUUUAAAGUAACUUUGCUUGACUUUUGGCUUGACCCCUUGACCCCUGCAGGUACUGACCACUGCAGGCUCGGCAGCCCAUGGGAAGUCAUGUGAUCAGAUCCAUUAGCGCUCAUUCAGUUUCAAUUCUUGCUUUGCCGUUAGAGUGAAUGUUAUAGAUAUAUAUAUAUAUAAAGUAUGUUAUAAAUAUUAAACCUGGACUGUAGCCAUGAGAACUUGCUUUCUGUUUUGGAGGUAUGGUGUGAUGUAGUCAACACAAUGUUUGGUUUACAUUUUUUUUUUAUUUAUAGUUUUUGAUUUUCAAAAAUAGUUUUCGUAUGCGUCUCUGAGAUUCUCUGGUUGUUACUUUGAAAACCGAAUAAUUAUUCAGAUACAAGGGUCAGUGACGAAGCAGCUUUGUGAUGCAAGUAGCUCUGUGACCAACUGUCAGGCAGGUAUCUGAGACAGGACGUGAGAUUGCUUUGAUAGUUGCACCAACCUCCUAGAGUCACUGGAAAACUAUAUAAUAAAGAACAAAUCCCUACAUUUAUUAUUCUAAAAAGACAUAUUUUUAGGUAAUUUAUUCUUUUUUAUUUCAUUUUAAAAUUCAUUCCUGUUUUAUUUUUAUGUAUUUAGAUUUCUAUGUCUGUAUUCGUACCACCGCAGCUGAUAAUAGAAAUGUUCAAUUUCUCCUUAAAAGAGUGUAAUUUCACAAUAUUUCUUCUCCCUCAAUAUAGAUGAACAAAAUAAAAAAUAAAUAAAUGCGUUGUUAAGUGUUUUAUGUCUAUUCCUACAGUGAGGAUCUUAACUUAAAAUAUAAAACACGAAGCGUCAUAGUGUUUCACCUAUUUCUUUUUUUUUUUUUAAUAAUUAUUAUAGCAUUGUUUAUUUAUUUAUUUUAAAAAAGAUAAUUUAAGACUAUUUUCUCGUGGUCCGUUGACUUGAUGGCCCCUCACAACUGUCACAGAACCCAAUGUGGCCCCUUUGGAAUCUGUGCUGCCCUCUUUGCAUUUUCAUUGUAAAUAACUUGGUAUUUACGUCUUAUAUUUUUAAAACAAUGUCAUUUUUUCAACUCGUCCCUUUGAAAAAAAAGAACAUGAUUCAGUAUCUUAUGUACUGCACACCUUUCGUUAUGUAAGCCAAUGUAUAU